AUGCAGUUUUAUGGCCUAUACGCGAUUAUUCAUAUCCUCUUUUCAUACACAAGAAAUGUAGAGAUUGUGACAGCAUAUGAAUCACAAACUGACGAUACACACCACCUAAAUGUCACCGGUACUGGCGAGGCUCCGGGCCAUGGAAGGAUUCUGAGCAAAGACGCAUUUAGUAUUCGUGAUUUGGACUAUUCAAUUACGAAUCUAUCAAAUUUACCUGAAAUACCUCCUGGUGAAGAUGCUUCCGCUUUAAAAUCGUCCAAAAAUACGGUGUCCAAUGGCAUACCCAGCGACUUUUGCUUUGCCGAAAACGCUGGCGAAGGGAAGGCUAUAGAGUUGAUUUACCCAACUAAAAACCAUACAGAAUUCCAAAUAAACGAGGAAGCGCUAGAGUUUUUGAAGAAAAUACCAAAACCCAUCGCGGUGCUGGGUGUAGUUGGUUCAGUUCAUGUCGGCAAAAGUUCCUUUUUAAACGCUUUUAAUGAGCAUAUACUCUGUGGAGAUGUUUCUACGUUAUCUGGAUUUCCGGUAGCCAGCUCUGUUGACCCGGAAACUGAGGGAAUAUGGAUGUGGACAGUACCACUAAAAAUAAACUACAACAAGUUGAAGAACGCUAUGGAUCGUUUGUCAACCCAUGACGAAUCGUUUGGUGAGAAUUUUCAUCUAAUAAGCCGUUACGUGUCUGUUUUUAACCAGGAAUUUACGCACAAACUUUCUGAGGAGUCGGUUGUGAAUGCAAACAAUGCCAAUGUCAGGACCGUAAAUUUGAUAAUGCUUGAUAUUGGAGGUUUCAAUAGCUCACAAAGCACGAGAAAGUAUGAUGAAGCACUCUUUUCCAUCGCUGCGACACUUUCUAGCGAACUGGUUUAUGUUACAAACAGAAUGAUAAACAGCCAGCACCUUCUGGACAUUGAAGCGUUGACAAAGUCUUCUAAUUUACUAAAUCUAAAGAUUUACUCUCAGUAUCUUAAACAUCAGAUUGACGAUAGGCCAAUAGAACAUUCGGAUGGAACUAAAGACUCUCUUACCAAAAAGGGAAAUGUGGAAUCAAUUCUAGAAAUGAUGAAGAAUAAGACAUUGACUAUCAUGGCACAGGAUUUUGUUCAGAGCAUUGAUGACGUAAACAGUGUAAAGUGGCUUCAUACUCUAUUGAGUUCAUUUAGACAUGAUUUGACUCCCCGUGAACUGUCAGAAUAUAUAAAUGAGCGUGAAGUAAGAUUGAAGGAGUUGAGGAACACCUUUAGCGUUGAAGCUGAAAAAAAUGACCCGUCUGUGGACUAUGUGAAAAGAUUGUCAUCCUCAUUCAAGUAUGGUAUACAAUAUCUAUUUCAUUCAGUUGAUUGCAUCCUGCUUCCACCACCUGCUAAUUCUGGUGGCUUUCAUUCUCUAGGUCAACUGAACAAGGAUGAUAUUAGCUUCAAGUAUCUGGAAAACUUGGCAAAGUACAAAUUUAAGGUGUUUUCCAGGGCUCUUAAUUCGCCAAGAAAAAAAUUGCAAAUUGUAAAUGCCAAUGAUAGCAUUCCAUAUACGUUUAUGAGUGGAGCAGAUUUGGUAGAGCUUAUAAAGUUCCUUAUUUAUGCAAUCAAUCAUAGCCUAACGGAUAAUAUGGAAGAGUAUAUAAGUACGUUCAAGUACACAAAAUUGCUAAUGUACAAGAAUGACCUUUGCGAUGUCUAUAGAUUUGAGCUCUUGAACUUUAUUUCACAGGAUACAAUCCCAGUACAUUCUGAUUUAUACGAGUUUAACAAAACACUUUUGAAAAGGAUUGACUCUAUAUUUAUUGAUCAAAUCCAGGAUGAAAUAUCUGCGCCAGAUUCUACUAGAAUUAAAGACGAUUUAUCAAGAGAGUUGACAGAUUUGUAUUCCGAAGCAAAGAAUCUACUGCACAAUAGAUUGACCACUUACUGUAAAGAACGUAUUUUGAAUGUAAAUAGGGAUUUUGAAGCUUACAUUGCAAAUAUUGCUAUACCAUUAGCACCAAAUAAAUUGGAUAAACACUUGAGCGAUCAACGUAAAGUUUAUCAGGCAAAGCUGUUGGAAUCAAUAAAUGCGGGUGGAGCUCUCUACUCGGAUUUUGAAGCAUGCUCUCUCCAAAUAGCAGAGUUUAACAAGUAUAUUGAUGAAUAUAUUGUAAAAUUCAAGGAAAAGAAUGGUUCAGUCUUGGAAAAAAUGUUUGCAUCUGCAUGCAAUAACGCUUUAACGCAGUACAAGAUUAACUGUGAUUUCUCAAAGGUGGAAAACUAUCGCAAAAGUUUUAGCAACUUUAAAAAAUUGUCAGCAGACUGGAAAAUGAAUUCGAUCAAUAAAUUUAAUGAGGAAUUGGCCGAAUUCAUACAUGUAGAAUAUCUCCACUAUACACACCUCUCAGAAUUACAAAAAGGCUUGGACAAACUCGAGCAACACUCACUUUCACAGUGGAAUAGCAUCUGCAUAAGAGAGAUAAAUGCGAUUUCUGAAAAAUACAAAAACGCAUUUAGAGGCAUAGUCUCUGAUCAUAUCACAUUACCAUCAAGUCCAGAUGUUAUAAAUGUACUUACUCUCUACAUUAGGCUCUCCGCAACAGUUGAAAUUAGUGAAUUGUAUUGUGCAGAUUCUGAUGUGUUCAGAGAUCAUUACAAGAGUUUUAUGUCGAGUAUUAAGGACUUUGUUGAUGAUUUGUACAGGGAAAACUACCAAGUCAUUCUAGGGAUUCUUGAAAAGAAGUUUGAAGAACUCGAAAAGCAGCUUGAGGGCCUUGUGCAUUCCUACAAUAUUUGGUACAACUUUAGCACAUUUUCUUAUAAACUAGCCCUGGAUAAUAUUUCUAGUGAAGAUGUCGAGAAUUUGGUCAAAAAUUCCUCUCAACAGAAUCUUAGAAAUAAACUAAAUCUCUCACACCUCUAUGCAUCUCAAGCCAAGCUUUCCAGGGUCAUGCAAAAUGAUUUAAACUUUCUUCAAGAGUUUAAACAGGGAAAGGAUGUACAGGUGGAAACUGAAAUGUUUAUAAAAAAUAUUGCAAAACAUUGGAUAAAAACCAGGGUAACUAAAAAGUUUAAGCCUAUAUUUAAAGAAAAGAAAAUGUUUGCAAUGAAAAUUGUACUAGGGAUAUCAAUGAUACUUUUUUCCAUAAUAGGCCUUGCCUUUUACAAGAACAAGGACCAAUUUUUGGCAUGUUUAUCAGUGUUUGUCUUGGGGUUAUCCACGCUUGUGGGAUACAAGACAAUAGUUGUAAGAACAUCACAUAUAGUUAACCGUUGCUCAUGUGUUGUGUUUGGCUGGAUCGCAAAGCUGCUCGAGAGGUUUGGAGCAGGAUAUGUUUUUACAAUAGGAUUUACGAGUGCCAUUGUCCUUUUGGCGUUGUUUUUGUUUUAUAUCGUCCGACCGUUUAAUAGGUUGUUGAAUAGAAUCGGGGACAGAAACUCAAAGUCCUAUGUACGUAUGUAA